GCUUCAUCAGUCAAAGUUAUUUGCAUUCGUUCGCAGGUACGCAAACGACAGUCAGUCCGCUGUUGUGCUGCUCGUGUCGUCAUCGAUCAGAUAGACAGAGAGACAGGAAUGACAUGACAUGCAUCGCAUCGCAUCUUGUCACAACGACAAAAUGACUGACAGAAAGGCCGACCACCACAGCAGUCAGUCAGUCAAUCAACAUUACUCACUCACAAAUAAAGGCUCAAAACAGACACACACUUACACACAGACAGCCACAUCCCUCCUGCAGUCAGUCCACAACUGCCCGCCCAACCCAGCUGCCGGCCAUUCAUCCACCCAUGGGCCGACCCCAUCGGCCGAUGUAUGUGUGGAUGGAAUGCCCAUCACCACUCGACGCCGACUCUGCUGCGACGCGCCCCUCUUAUGUCGGCCGCGGGACCCACAUGCCGCGGGUGAAUGGGCGUACGGAUGCUCUGGGGACACAGACAUGACAUUGACAUGACCGCAUCGCAUCGCAUCAAUCGUUUGUAUGUCUCUGUGGUGUGGUGAGCUGUCUACUGUACUGUACGUCCCGGCACAGCAUACCUACAUACCUACCUGUGGUUGCGAUUCGGGUGUGAGGAAUACGGCGUAUUUUGCGUCGAGCGUCAUGAGCUCCUCCUGCACCGGCUUGACGUGCGGCGUGUAAAUCAUCGUGCACAACGUACCUGUGGGGGGUGGCACACACAGAGCCGAGCCGAGCCAGCCAAGCCCAGUGUAGUGUGUGCCUUCCCUUCUGGCUGGCGUGUUGGUGUGUGUAGGGUAGGGUACGCUUACCAAGUAUGGCGGUGAGGCAGCAGAUUAGUAGGUUGAGUGAGCGUGUCGACUGCUCCAGGAGGGCCCAGGAGAAGACCAGGCCCAGGAGGGCACCCACACGGGCUGCUGCUGUCGCAAUGCCGUGAAACGUCCCGCGCACCUGAUGUCAUGCGGCACCCACACAGAGAUACACACAGGUGGGCAGGGCAUGUGUGUCACACUGCCUGCGGUGGACGGAGCACAGCACAGCACAGCACAUACCUGUGUGUGGAAGCACUCGAGGGGUAUGAGGUAUGUGGUGAGGUUGGGGGGGAAGUUGAAGAACCUAAACACCGAGUCGUACAAGAGUGACGCGCCCACGUAGUCACGGAUCUUGUGGCUCGAGUAACUUGAUAUACUGCAUACCCACAUCACACCACAUGACAUGAAAACAAACACGCCAUGCAGCCCAGCCAACACAACACACCAAAAGAUACAUCACAUCCAAUGUCCCCUCUCCUCUCCGGUGUGUAUCAUGUCAUGUGUGUGUCUGACCGACGCCUAGAUUGACUGACUGACCUGUACAGUGAGAGCGCCAGUCCGUAGAAGACAAAGGCCAGCACCACAAAACCGACUAGCUGCAGCUGCACACAUGACAUCACAUAACACAAGAUACAACACACAAGGAGAGGAGAGGAGAGCGGGAGACGGUAGGUACAGACACAGCACACUGAAUGAAUGGGGGGUGCCUCUGGUCCUCGCCUGGCCUGGCGCCUGGCCCACCUACCUGUUUGGGUGCCAUGGCCGAUAUGAGGAAGAUGGCCAGCACGUAGCCCACAAAUGACACAGACACCACAACUGCAUUGCAUGGCACCCAACCACGCCACACACACACACGACAGAAAGGAAGAAACAUACACAGACACGCACACGCCCAUGCGCUCAUUAAAUCUGCUGGCUGCCUGGCCUGGCCUGGGCUGGCUGACCGAGUGAUGUGAGGUUCUGUUGCCAUGCGCUGUCGUAGCCCCUGAUCUGGUGGACGAGAAGGAAGUGGAAGACGCCGUUGCCGUAGAAGGUAAAGUCAAACAGCGCCCACGGCAGCGUCACACCCAAAAUGGCCCGCAUCGUACGCCGACCGUAACGACACGUCGUCCGCAGGAAACCGCAGAAAUGCUGCCGGGUGCGGUGGAGCUUGUACACCUGCAUGCCAUGCACGACAGACACGAUUGCACACAUUUAUCCAUUCACAUGUGCACUCUCUCCCUCUCUCUCUCUCUGUCUGUGUGUGUGUGUGUGUGUGUGUUGCGAUAGUACCUCCGGUUCUCUGCAUGCGAUGAGUGUGAUGAAGAAAAGGAUGAUGGAGGGGACCACUGGAACGACCACGAGAAUCCUGACAGACACCACACCCCCACACACACGCAGAUACCUCCCAUACGACCACAGGUGGCUGGGUGGCUGGGUGGACUGUUGUGUAGCUCUCCCAUCCCCCCCUCCCUGACCUCCACGCGAGCCCCCUGGUCAUGCUGGGGACAUAUCGAAAAGCUAUUACCACCGUCAGCCGAACCAAGAUGUGCGCCAAACCUGUUUGAUUUGAUCCCAUCAAUCACACCAGACCACACCAGGCAGACACAAGACAAUGAAUGACCCACACAUCACCCAACCCUGUUUGGCCGCUUCAGCUGUCUGUCUGUGUGUCUGUGUGUGUACCUUACCCUGCAUGCAGAAGAGGCAGGCCACUUGCACAUGCCUUCCCGGGUACACGGCCAGCUUCUCUCUCCCCUUCCCUCGCCGCCCGCCCAGCCCCAACACGUCAGGCUGGAUCUGACCCGUACCCUCAAAGUUGCUGCCCCGCCUUAGCCGCUCCCUACUCCUCUCCCUCUCCCCCUCCUCGGCAUCCUCCUGACUAUGCUCAUGCUCACGCUCUUCCUCUUCGUCUUCCUCAUCGCCGUCAUGCACCGACGCAACCAUGCUCUCGAUGGCGAAGGUCCCCACCACCGGAUACAGACCGCAGCAGCCGAACGACAACAGAGUGCCCACCAGAAAGAUCAGCAGAGACCACACCCACGACGGCAGGACACUCGCUUGUGCAGGGUGCAGCUGCAUGGCGGCGAUGUUGACCUGCCCGGUGAGCACGAAGCACCCCGCCGAGCCCGCACACAUGACGACGAAGCAAGCCAGGAGAGCCUUCUUGCGGCCGUAGUAGUCGGCCGCAAAGCCGAACAGGAGGGCGCCGAUGCCCUGCAUGGCGAAGUGCAGGAUGAGGAAGAGUUUGAUGAGGAGCUCUGUCUGGGGCUGCAGGGGCAGGUUGGUGCUCGGCAGGAUCGACAGGGAGGCUAUCAUCCACGCGCACAGGAAGAAGGCCGCAAAACUCACCCACACACGGACAGGACGCUGUGGUGGUGGCACACCACACCCACACACACAGACACACACAGGGGGGGGGACCAAUCCAUACCACAAGUGUGGUGUGGCGUCAGAUCAGAUCCAUUCGUUCCACUCACUUGCUGCAGUCUGCCAUCGAUGAUCUCCUGCUUGUAUCCCCUCCCAAAACAGCCCGAACUUGCAGCAGCAGCCUCCCUCCCUCGCUCGUCGAAGGUCACUCCCCGUGCCGCGCUGCCCUCUGGCGGUCUGAUGAGCGACUCGUGUCCCCCCGACGAGUCAGCCACCACAUUGCGUGCGUUGGGGUGAUGGGUGGGCGACUUGCCUUCCGUCCCGAUGAGUGGCGACCGGAGAUCUUUGCGCACCGACUCACUCAUCGAUGGAUGCAACAAAUCGAUGGGUGUGCUCGUCGGGACCCACGCCUGACGAUCUUUGUCGUGUCCCUUCCCCGCGUGGCAGUUCCUCCCGGCUAAGCUCGCAGAUGCCGUGUGCGUGUGUGUAGGGGUGUGAGUGUGGAUGUGGGCGUGGUCUGUGUGUGUG